AUGGAGCCGCUCUCCUUCCAGGAAUACAUCUGCUCCCUGGACCCCACCACUCUGCCUCGCAUCCUCAGGAUUUGCUCCGGCGUCUACUUUCAAGGAUCUGUGUAUGAGAUCUCAGGAAGGGAAUGCUGCUUGUCGACGGGCGACCUGCUGAAAGUCAUGGCUGUGGCACUGCAGAAGGUCGUUUGUGAGGACAUGGUGACGGGGCAGACGACAGAGCUGCCACCAACCUUUAAGGGUCUUUUCCAGCCCGCCCCAGCCACGGGGCCACACACAACCCCACGGGGACCCUUCCUGAAGGGUGGCAGUGAGCGGGGCCUGACGCUGCACCAGGUGCUGGGGUGGUGGGACAGGCAGCCCCAGCCCCUGCUGUGCUCCACCAUCGGCCCCCGCGCCCUGCUCCUGCACCCCGUCUACGAGGUGCAGGCUGCCAUGCACC